AUGUCUCUUCCCCAGAGCCCGGGUAUGGUUCAAACAAACACGAUAACUAGCAGUAACAAGCGAGCAAGAAACGGCGAUAUUUCAACGGCAGAGCUCGAUGACGCGGUAUUGGUUAUCCAACAUGCCACCUCAAAGAUUAAAGAGCUCUUGAACGAGAAGAAGCUCCUGGUGAAUUCGGCCCGCGUACAAUCGAACACGAUUGCAAAACUGCAAGAUGAAGUGAUGAAAAUGAGAAGCUCGGAGAGAAAGGCAUUGGAUGAACUCAACAAGUUCCUCAAGGCGGAUUUCGAGAGAGAGAAAUUGAGUGGGCUUCUUGAAGAGAAAGUGGAAGCGCUCAGAGAGCGAGAGGUUGAAAAUGAUAAGUUGAAGAAGGAGAAUCAAAGGAUGGCUGUAGAAGGCUACAAGAUGAUAGCAAAGAUGAAGGGGUUGGAAGAUUCGAGGAUGCAGAUAAGGAAGCUAUUGACUGAUGCUUGA